AUGGGUUUGAUGACCUCUUUUUGGCUAUCCCUUGUUCUCUCCAUUAUAAUAUCCAUGCAUGGCUCCACAGAAGCAGUUGAUAUAGGUGUUUGCUAUGGAAUGAAUGGGAAUGAUCUACCUUCCUCACCUGAUGUUGUUCAACUUUACAAACAACAUGGUAUUGCCAAGAUGAGACUCUUUGAUCCUAAUCCUCAGGCACUUGAAGCACUAAGAGGAAGCCAAAUUGCUGUCUCUCUAGGGACAAGGAAUGAGGAUAUUCAGAGUAUAGCGUCAAGCCAAGAAGCUGCUGAUUCAUGGUUUACAAACAAUGUGGCGCCAUAUCUCAGCGACAUUAAAUUCUCGUAUAUCACCGUUGGCAACGAGGCCAUCCCCAGCCAGUUUGCUGGUUCCAUUGGUGCUGCAAUGCAGAAUCUUCAGAACACCAUCAACGCUCGUGGUGUAGCUGGCAUUAAGGUGUCGACCGUGCUGUCUUCGGGAACGUUGGGAAGUUCUUACCCUCCUUCAGCUGGUGCAUUUUCAGCCGAGGCACGCGAAGCACUUAUUUCCGUUCUGCAAUUUUUAUCUGCACAAGGAUCACCACUCAUGAUCAAUGUGUACCCCUACUUUGCCUAUGCAUCGGAUCCUGCUAACAUACGCCUGGAUUAUGCACAAUUCACUGCAACCGGAACAGUGGUUCAGGAUGGGGCGCUGAGUUACUCGAACAUGUUUGAUGCCAUUGUGGAUGCUUUUUAUUGGGCAAUGGAGAAAGAGGGUGUGAGUAAUGUGGGCGUGGUGGUGUCCGAGAGCGGUUGGCCUUCUGCUGGGAAUGGUGAGCUUACAACUCCAGAACUUGCAGCGACUUAUAAUAAGAACUUCAUCCAACAUAUCAUGACUAAUGGGACUCCAAAAAGGCCUCAGGACCACAUAGAGGGGUACAUCUUCGCCAUGUUCAAUGAAAAUCUCAAACCUGAAGGCACAGAGCAACAUUUUGGACUUUUUAGUCCUAACAUGCAACCUAGUUAUCCUGUUUUCACUUAG